CCAAACGCGGUGCGGUGCGCGCGUGUGUGUGCCAUGGCAGAGCUGAAGUACGUUCAGUAUCUGUUGGAGGAAGAGAAAGUUAUCUUGCAAGCGAUCGAAGUUUUUCAGAAACAAGUAAACAAGCUCAAGGUCGAGGAGAUGAAUAUAUUGAGCGCACUACGCGAUCAGCAGAUCGAGAAGACUGAUGGACCCACGCAAGAUGAAGAGGUGGUGGCGGUCGAUUUGAAGAAUCCCGACACGUACGUUGAUGAAAACUACGAGGAGCCCACAAAUUCCGAGGUCAUCGAUCUGCGAGUAGACAACAUCCUAGACCCACGCUCGACCGCAGCUGCGAUGUGUUUUGCAAGUCAACAACAAAACGUCAGCGAAGAGGAAGAGGAAGAUGAGCCGGAGAGCUGAGGUGGCUUCAUGCAGGAUAUGUAUUAUUUAUUAAAAUAAACUUGACGCACACAGCGUUAGCACUGUUGUUC